AUGGUCCCCGUCGCUCUUGGCUUCGCCCUUUUGGGUCUUGGUGCCUCUCUUGCGAGCGCCUUUCCUAAUGCCAACAACUACCUCAUCCCACAUCCUCCAGCGACAGUCACCGUCACUGCUUGUGGCUCUCAAUGUGCUAGCACUGUCACUGUCAUCGAGACCUUGACUGUGACACCCCCGUACUUUCACACCUGCGAGCCAUUUAGUACGAGCAUCCCGGGAAGCUUGAGUUCCUUGACCUCGUCAUCCAGCAUUCUUUCUCCUCCUCCUCCUCCUCCUCCCGCGUCGUCCACCAGCUACAUCAACUCUUCCACUCCAACUGGAUCCAGCACUUCUUCACUUAGAAUUGGCACGGUGUCCUCUGUGGCUCCAACUACGGGAGUCACCUUCUCCUCCCAGCUGCCGAGUGCCGGCACUCCGAGCUCCUCACUCACCUGGGGUGUGAACAGUACAUCAACCGGUAGCCUCUCCAACUCUUACAGCUACGGUACAGGCACUGCUGGCACGAGCCAGACCAUUGGCUCUUCCUCGAGCCUCUGGACCAACUCCACGCGCACUCGCGUCACUCGUACCGUCACCAAGACUAUCCGCACUACCGGCACGGACUCGUCCACUUCUGCCAAAUUCACAACUCCCACCAUUCCGAGCAUCCCCACGAUCAGUAUUCCUCCUCUUCCGUCUCUCUCCACGCGAUCCGAGUCAAGCAUCGCUCCCCCGGUUUCCUACACAGUAACUACACUUCCUACGACGUCGGUCAUCAACACCACCGUCUCAUCUCAGCUUCCCGGAGCAUCAACCCUCUCUCCAUCAACUUCCCGCACUACCAAGAGAACCACGGUUGUCGUGACUCUCACGCAGACCAUACCUCUUAGCUCCGGGACUGCCUACUCAUCAACCAGCCGCGGCACCGGAGUAUCCAGUGGCCUUCCCUCUCUUUCAUUCCUUACCUCCAUCCGGCUUUCCACUACGCUCAGCUAUCCUACCACCACCGUGUCCAGCUGGUUCAAUACUACUCCCACCUCCCUUGGCAGCCGCACUGGGUCUACGACCUCCGUUGAGAGUACUUCUACAGGAUCCACGUCUUCCUCAACCUCCGAGGCACCCUGCACAACUCAUGAGAAAUCCCCUUCCCCCUCGUCUUCCCCCUUGUCUUCGCCCGGCAUCACAGUCUCCAGCGCUCUCCCCACCCUGGUCACACCCACAGGCACACCAACUUUGAGCAGCGUUUCCGGUGGAUACGACUAUCCUCCCUCCUCCCAGAACUCUACUGUGUCGCCGGGAACCACAAUAGGCAGCGCCAAGCCGACCCUCGUUACCAGCAGCACCUCGGAGAUUCCGGGUGGCUAUGACACCGAAUACCCAGCUCCGACUUCAUCCCCGGGAACCACCAUCUCGAGUGCUCUUGCAACUCUGGUCACCCCGACUGCCAGCAGCAUCCCGGGCGGCUACGACUAUCCUCCCUCUUCGUCUUCCAAGUCGUCGGAGACGUCAGCCUCGAACGAGUAUCCCGGCACCACUGUGGCUAGUGCUCGACCGUCCCUUGUGAGCCCCUCUAUUUCAGAGGCAUCGCCCACUCCUACGACUUUCGAGACGCACAAGUCUGAUGAGUACACUUCGGCUUCUACCAUCUAUGGCGGAUAUGAGUUCGGUCGUCGCCGCGCUCUAAGGGUGUGA